UCUUUGACUUCCUUGGGAAAGAGUCCAGGCUUCAGAGGAUUCUUUGCCCAUUUCAAUCUGACCCCAUUUGAAUCCCCAACGGUCGCAGUAAACCCCAGGCACACAAAGAUAGAGACUUGUGGCUGGCUUGCGGUUGCUGUGAUCACGUUGGAAUCAGACAACGGCUGCCCUGGCAGGCAGCACCCAGGCACCUCUCAGGUGGGAAAAGACUGAGCCAGGUGAAUGUCCCCGAGCUCCAGCCAGCUCAGGCUCCUAUGGGUGAUAACUGCACCUCUCGGAGGAAGCCAACAGAAAGUGCAUGCAGCGGCAACAUGAGCAAAGAGAAGUGCUGGGACCCGUUCUUUGCUGCCACCUCCAAGUCUGAACAGCAGGCUCUAAGGGGGGCAUGGGAGCCCCUCAGGAAGGGCCACUACCCGUGCCUCACCUCCUGCCCGCCACUCCACUCUUUAUUGCCCUACCUGACUGUAACAGGCUGCGUCUUCAACGUGGUGUCAGCUGCCCCAGAGACACCUGAAGAACACCAGGAGACAGGGGUGCCAUUCGGACAUGAACAGGAGCUCCUACCUGAAUGUGCAGACCUCCACCACUGGAGCUCUCGGGGGAAAACAUCCACGACAGCCUCGCUGAGCCUUGAAACAUUUGCAGACCAAGCAGGCUCAAGUGCCCGUGUUUGCAGGCGGUUUUAUAGAACGUGUCAUUUAUCUAUUCAUGUACCCUUGAAAGCCCGAGAGGAAGUGUGGUCGUGUGGGGAGCUCUGUGCAGGCAACAUGAGAGUCUGUAUUGUCUUCCUAGCUCUGCCCCGGUUGUCAGAGGAGUGCAUCUGGGCCACAGGGGUGAGGGGCCGUCACCCCUGCCUUUUGGUUAGCCAGUGACACCUCCCCAGUUGUGUGGCAGGGGAUGCAGCACUAAUGCCCAUGAGCUCCUCUCAACAUUCAAAACAAAACAGAGAGCCACUCUAAAACAGUGGCUUUCUUGCAAAUGGAAUAUGCUGAGAAUCUGUGACAUGUGCAGGUCGGUAAGUGAGAAGGAAACAGGAACUACCGAUCUAUUCUGACAAUGUAGAAAGCAGUGGAGGUUUGGGGCCAGGAGAACAAAAGACCUAUGGGAGAGGAGGUGACCCAGCAAGGGUGGCCAUGGACUUGGGUGAAUCACCUGAGCCCUGUCACUUGGAAAGAACCCUAACAACCAUCUUAAUCCUUUCUGCAUAGAUACCUUACUGUGCUGCUGCUGGGUGUGAAGCAUGGCUACUAAAAAUGUUCACUUCAUUUUUAAAAAGUAGAGCAGGUUCAAGGUUAUUGCUGUAGAAGACAGUGUCACUCUCACUCAUGUGCAUUGUGGGAGGCUUCCUUAGCAGGAUCGAAAGAGGUGGAAUUACAGUGGGCACUGGAAUUGGCUAUGGUUCACACAUGUAGACAUGAUUGAAUUUUUUUUGUUGUUUUGUUUUGUUUUGUUUUGUUUUGUUUUGAGACAGAGUCUCGUUCUGUCGCCCAGGCUGGAGUGUAGUGGCACGAUCUCGGCUCACUGCAACCUCUGCCUCUUGGGUUCAAGCGAUUCUCCUGUCUCAGUCUCCCAAGUAGCUGGGAUUAUAGGUGCCCACCACCACACCCAGCUAAUUUUUGUAUUUUUAGCAGAGGCAGUGUUUCACCAUGUUGGCCAGACUGGUCUCCAACUCCUGACCUCAGGUGAUCUACCCACCUCGGCCUCCCAGAGCGUGGGGAUUACAGGUGUGAGCCACCGUGCCCGGCCGACUGUGGAUUUUAUCGCAGCAAAAAGUUCAUCUUGGUACAUCAGCUAAGACUGUGGUCAAGUGUAAGCCAUUGAGUAGACUGGUUUUUGAGUGAUUCUUGGAAGCUUGCAAGGACUUCUUUUGAGAAAAAAAAAUAAAACUCUCUGGUAGAGUUAAACAUGAAUCGGCUUGCCCUGAGAGUUCGGGUUCUAUGUCGCGAGAGGUAGUUAAAUGUGGAUUGGGGGCCUGGUGCGGUGGCUAAUGCCUGUAAUCCCAACACAUUGGUAGACUGAGGUGGGGGGAUUGCUUGAGCCCAGAUUGAGAUUAGCCUGGCCAACAUAGUGAAACCCCAUCUCUACAAAAAUACAAAAAAUUAGCCAGGUGUGGUGGCAUGUGCCUGUGGUCCCAGCUACUCAGGAGGCUGAGGUGGGAAGAUCACUGGAGCCCAGGAGGCAGAGGUUGCAGUGAGCCGAGAUGGCACCACUGCACUCCAGCCUGGGUCACAGAGCAAGACCCCAUUUCAAAAAAAAAAAAAAAUUGUGGAGUAGACAAAUAUGGGGCAGGGUUGCUGUUUGCUGUAAAGGGUGGUCACGUUUUAUUUUGGAAGCUGAAUUAGGUGAACUUUAAAUUCUUUUUGCAACAUAGAGUUCUACAGCUCUGGAUCAGAUUUUGCUAGUUGCAAAGAUUUUUGAAUUUUAAUUGCAGUUUGCUGCUGUUUCACCCACAACAAAAGUAGAUGAAGAACUCAUAGCUUAUAUGCACUGAUCACGAACUCUGGGACUUUAUAGAGCAGACGAGGAAAACUUGUGCAGGACCUGAACUUGAACUGCCUUGACUCUUGUUCCCAUGUGCUGGGGGAUGGGGCAAGGACAUCUCACUAGGUAUCAGUGGGUGGUAUACACUGAGUAAAGUCCUAUCCUUAUAGUGUUGUUUUCUUGCCUGGUGACUUGACUGAGUUUAGGCUUAGUGACCUGCUUGUAAAAUGGCAAGAGUGUGUACAUGCAUAAGUGAUUAAUUGACAUAAUGCAGGUAAAUAGUACAGUACCAAACGCAUAACAAAUGCUUAAUAAAUGAAGAUGGUGGCCGGCAAGUGGGGGUGAAUGUCAAUAAACAACAUGUGAAGAUAUGGAUCAUCUGGUCACUUUAAACUUUUAGCCAGAUCAAUGUGGGCAAAAUUUCUCUAAAAAUAACUAGAAUUGUGUGUGUGUGUGUGUGUGUGUGUGUGUGUGUGUGUGUCUGG